AUGACUCAACGAGGAAUCCUACUCGAGCGUUUGGAGGUGUUGGACAGAUCCCGAAGGGGAUAUUUGUCUAAUAUUACGAAACUGUGUCAUCAACUGGAUGAAAAUCUCGGAGAAUUCGGCCACGUCGUCAAGAUACGAACUAGCCUUAAUUCCUCGUGGGAGCAGUAUUGUGUUUGUGUUGAGAAAUACGGUGAUUUACUCGAUACCAGCUGUGAAAGGUAUCAAAGAGUCUUGAGCGACCGUGCGAUUCAGCAGUCAAGGAUACAAGAAUACAAUGAGAGAAUAGAUCAGUUUAUUGCCAGUGCCGCUGCCUUUUAUAACAGCCAAGUGUUAGAAGAGGUGAAAUCAAUCAAGGAGUGCACCCCUCUAGAAUCUGUGAAAUCUAAUGGUAGUCGUGUCUCAGAAUCAAGUGUGUGUAGCUCCAGGUCCCAAAGGGCUAAAAUAGAAGCAGCGAAGGCCCUACUUAUGCAGCAACAAGCUGAAGAAAGGAGUAAGAAACUAGUAGAACUGGAGGUAAAAAGAGUCGAAAUGGAAAUAAAACGAACGGAAUUAGAGUUGCAACACCGAUUAGAACUCACUAAAUUGGAAGCAGAAAGCGAAGUUACAGCUGCAAGAAAUCAAGUGGAACUAGCCAAUUUAGAGGCUUCCCUUGCAGAACAGGAAAUAUCUGAUCCAGUCACUGGCCUGGAGGGUAUCAAAUGGUCUCCAAAUCUUGACCUAAAGGACUCAGUCUCAAUCCUCAAGGGUGUCACCCGAAACUCUACCAUCUGUGAUUAGUGCCAAUAAUGUACCAGUGACUAAGCCAUCUCAUACAUCAACACCAGGAUUAGUAAAUGCCCAGACUUCCAAUACACUC